AUGGUGCUGGGGCUGCUACUCCGCGAUGAAGAAGAGCGGCGUCUGUCGUUCGACUUCGAGAUGCUGCUGCCAGAAGACGGUGACGACCGUAUGGAUAGUGGAGAGCACCGGAACGGCGCCGUGGUGGGCGUAGGCGGCGCUACGUUUGGCCACCAAGCAGCCAAGAAAGAUUUCAAGCGCGGCACCGUCGUGUGUCGCCAUUGGCUGCGCGCGCUGUGUAUGAAGGGCGACAACUGCGAGUUCUUGCACCAGUACGAUAUGUCCAAGAUGCCAGAAUGUCGCUGGGGAAUGGAGUGCCAGGUGCCCGAGUGUCCUUUCAGACACGUCCCCGACGAGGAGCGCGUCGAAUGCGCCUUCUACAAACAGGGCUUCUGCUCGCACGGCUCCAGUUGCCGCUACAGACACAUCAAGUUGGCCAGAGAGGAAUGUCCCGAAACGGCAGACUUUGCUCUGCAGGCCAAAGUGGCAGACGAAGAGAACGUCAAGCGCAGAAAAGCUCAGCCAGUCAACGAGUUCUUCAAGAUCGCGAUCUGCAAACAUUGGGAGAAAAUGGGUUCGUGUCCUUUCGGUGACGAGUGCCACUUCGCUCAUGGAGAGACGGAGCUCCGGCCGUUUCCUAAGGGUGAAAAGGAGGAGAAAGAGGCGAGAGCAGGUCGACCUGGAGGCCAUCAAGGACCCGCGUUUAAUGGUGGAGAUCGACCGCACCAGGGCCCACCGCCAGGUCCACAGCUGCCGGAUGAUGGCAAGAUGGCCAAGUAUUUCCUGCUGCAGUCGGCUAGCUACUUGAAUCUGGCGCAUUCCGUGCAUCAUGAACGCUGGGCUGUGCCUCCGGCUGUGUUGCAGCAGAUUAAAAUGGCGUCGGAAACGUCGGAUGAGGUGUUUUUAUUCUUUGCAGUUGGACCAAGCAAGCAUUAUCAGGGUGUGGCGCGUUUAGUGAAUGGUGCGAUGUCAAGUGCUGAUGCAUCAGCUGGAGAAGAUCUCGCUGCAGGUGUUGUACCCUACGAGGCGGACGGUAAAGCGGAGUGGGCUGGCUCAUUUGGUAUCGAAUGGCUUCGUAUCUGCGAAUGUCCAUGGGAGCGACUCGCCCAGUUUGAAAACAAGCAGCUGGCUGUUUCGGAAUGUCCGAAUGGCCAGGAACUUGAUGCUGAAACAGGUCACGCAUUAGUGCGCUUGUUGUUCAAUCAGCCUCAGAUUCAGCUCCAUUAUCGAUCCGUGGAGGACGAAUCGAAGCUUCCUGGAGGCGCAGAAGAGCUCGCUACGCGACGACGGGAAGCGGCAGAGAGUUUGUUUGGCGCUCCUGCUGGACCUGGAUUCGGUGGGCCGGCGCCAAGGUGGCAACCUUCACAGCCAGGAUUCGUGUUCGCAUGCACCACACAGACGAUCGACGAAUGCUUUGGUCGCAUGCUGUUUGGACUUGCACAGGAACACGAGGGACUAGCACAGCAGCAUGUGACUCCUGGCACUCCGCUAUUCCUGCUUAAUCAGUCGGACCAACACCUGUUGGGCAUCUUCGAAGCUGUGUCUCCUGCCAUCGUCAAUAUGAUGCCUGGUGCAUUUUGCCAUGGACCGAACAUGCCGUCACCGUUCCCCGUUCAAACGCGCUUUGCUGUCAUGUUAAACGCUCCAGCACUACCCACGUCGGACCCGCAGAUUAAGCGAGUUAUUGGCGACAACGGAGUGGAUGUCGGUCCGCUCUCGCUGCAAGCGACUCAGCAAUUGGCAGACGUGUUUGCUGAGCGUAGCGGUGCUGCGUUCCCGCCGAACGGGCCACCUAUGGGUCCUGGAGGCCCGGACCAUUUUCGUGUGUAG